CAUCUGAUUCCUGAUCUUGAUUCCUUGAUCCUUAGUCCGGCCAUGGGAGCCUGAGCGCCCUCCAGUCCCCCCGGCCCCCUGCCCCCCGGGGCCACGAGGGGGAAAGAGGCAAGCGGUCUGGGACCGAGCCGGGGGUGAGCGGACUCUGGAGCCCCCCUCGACACCCCCCUUCGCCCGCGCUGCCCGGCCUGGAGCGCGGAGUUCGGAGCGACCCGGAGCGCUGCGGAUACAAAGGCGCCUGGCGGAGCGGGGCGACAGCCCAGCCCACCCGGCAGUUCGCUGCGGCGGGGAGCGUCGCUGGAAUUUCUCUGAGAUAAGCCUACUCGUCCAGCAAAAUAGAGUCCCUCAGGGUGACAGUUGACUUCCUAAAGGUGCCUCUUGGCCUGAAGAAGCCUGUGCUGAAGGAGGUGGCUGUGGGGCCCCCCAAGAGGCCCCAGCUCGCGGCCCUGGAGCGCUACAAGGCACGGCGUUCAGACGCCAUGGAUACCGAGUCCCAGUACUCGGGCUAUUCCUACAAGUCGGGCCACUCCCGUAGCUCCCGAAAGCACAGGGAACGCCGGGACCGACACCGCUCUAAGAGCAGAGAUGGGAGCCGUGGAGAUAAGUCGGUGACAAUCCAGGCCCCAGGAGAGCCCCUGCUGGACAAUGAGUCCACGCGGGGGGAUGAGCGGGAUGACAACUGGGGUGAAACAACAACCGUCGUCACAGGCACUUCUGAGCACAGCAUCUCUCAUGAUGACCUCACACGCAUCGCCAAGGACAUGGAGGACAGUGUGCCACUGGACUGCUCUCGUCACCUGGGCGUGGCAGCAGGGGCCACCCUGGCCCUGCUGUCUUUUCUCACACCGCUGGCCUUCCUGCUGCUGCCCCCACUGCUGUGGCGGGAGGAGCUGGAGCCUUGUGGGACGGCCUGCGAGGGCCUCUUCAUCUCUGUGGCCUUCAAGCUGCUCAUUCUGCUAUUGGGCAGCUGGGCUCUGUUCUUCCGCCGGCCCAAGGCCUCGCUGCCCCGUGUCUUUGUUCUCCGUGCCCUGCUCAUGGUGCUGGUCUUUUUGCUCGUGGUCUCCUACUGGCUUUUUUAUGGCGUGCGAAUCCUGGAUGCCCGGGAGCGCAGCUACCAGGGUGUGGUGCAGUUUGCCGUGUCACUGGUAGAUGCCCUGCUCUUCGUGCAUUACCUGGCUGUGGUCCUCCUGGAGCUGCGUCAGCUCCAGCCCCAGUUCACACUCAAGGUCGUGCGCUCCACUGAUGGGGCCAGCCGCUUCUACAACGUUGGCCAUCUCAGCAUCCAGCGAGUGGCAGUGUGGAUCCUGGAGAAGUAUUACCAUGACUUCCCUGUCUACAACCCCGCCCUCCUCAACCUGCCCAAGUCCGUCCUGGCCAAGAAAGUGUCUGGCUUCAAGGUGUAUUCUCUCGGAGAGGAAAACAGCACCAAUAACUCCACAGGCCAGUCUCGGGCUGUGAUUGCAGCAGCGGCCAGGCGGCGGGACAAUAGCCACAACGAAUACUACUAUGAGGAGGCUGAGCACGAACGCAGAGUGCGGAAGCGCAGGGCUAGGCUCGUGGUGGCCGUGGAGGAGGCCUUCACUCAUAUCAAGCGGCUGCAGGAGGAGGAACAGAAGAACCCCAGGGAGGUGAUGGACCCCCGGGAGGCAGCCCAAGCCAUCUUUGCAUCCAUGGCCCGUGCCAUGCAGAAGUACCUUCGGACCACCAAGCAGCAGCCUUACCACACCAUGGAGAGCAUCCUGCAGCACCUGGAAUUCUGUAUCACCCAUGACAUGACGCCCAAGGCUUUCCUGGAGCGGUAUUUGGCAGCUGGACCUACCAUUCAGUACCACAAGGAACGUUGGCUGGCCAAACAGUGGACAUUGGUGAGCGAAGAGCCGGUGACCAAUGGGCUUAAGGAUGGCAUUGUUUUUCUCCUAAAACGCCAGGACUUCAGCCUGGUGGUAAGCACCAAGAAGGUGCCAUUCUUCAAACUCUCCGAGGAAUUUGUGGAUCCCAAGUCGCACAAGUUUGUCAUGAGGCUGCAGUCGGAGACCUCCGUGUGACUGUGCAGCAGCAGGAGACUGGGGGUUGUUGGGGCUCCUGCAGAGUGGGAGGGGCUUGGUUUUCUGGCCUGGUCACAUUUCUGCAGCCCUUUGUCCUCUUGCUCUUUUUUUUUUUUUUUUUUUUUUUUUACUUGAAUUAACUUAUCCCUCAACCAGUCCCCAUCCCUCUUCUUCAGUUUACCCCACUGAACCUGGAGAGAACAUCCUGCUGUUAACAGUACCUGGGA